CUCCUGCCAGUCCCCACACUAAUGCCCCCAACUCCUGCAAGGCCGCCACCUCUUCCCCGCAACCCCCAGCAACCCUCUGCCCUCCCCCACAACCGUCCCCCUCCAUACACCCCUCCUGCCAGCCCCUCCCUCCAAGCACAGUCCCGCCCAGGGCUGGCAAGAGGGGAGGGGAACGAGGGACAAAUGUAGCCCCCAAAUGUCUGUGUAACUAAAGUGAAAUGGGAGGGAGAAGGGGUCCAAAUUCCUCUCAACAGGCGUGUUCCCGCCAUCCCUGACCAUUGGGUCUGUGACCUCGGUGGCCAUCAUGUGCAGUUCCACCCCCUCUGCCCCACACACACUCCCACCAUCCCUGAGCAUUGGGUCUGAGAUCCCAGCAGCCAUCUUUUGCUGCCCCCCUCACCACACACACUCCCACCAUCCCUGAGCAUUGGGUCUGUGACCCUGGUGGCCAUUUUCUACAGUCCCCCCACCCCUGCACGCUCCCGCCGUCCCUGAGCAUUGGGUCUGAGAGCCCGGCGGCCAUCCUGUGCAGCCCCCCUCUCCACGUAUACUCCUGCCAUCCCUGAGCAUUGGGUCUGAGAGCCUGGCAGCCAUCUUGUGCAGCCCGUCCCCACUGAUGAUCUCCCUCUCCCCUUGUCGCCAGGAGGAAGAGCCCUGCGUCUGAUGGAGGAGCUGACCCCCGACCGGCAGCGCCCCUGAGCCCCGUGGCAGGGAGAUGGCGCGGCGGGUCAGGCUGCACAGCCCCUCGCACCCGGACCUGCUGCUGCACCGGGCCAGUGAGCUGAGGCAUGUGCGGGCCCUGUGCGAUGUGUUGGUGCGCGUGGGCCAGCAGGACUUCCCGGCCCACAGCUUGGUGCUGGCCUGUGCCAGCCGCACCCUGGCCCGGCUCCUCCUGCCACAGGGCCCCAGAAAGCUCUGCAAUCUGGACUUCCUUGCGCCUGCCACCUUCAAGCACGCCCUGGACUUUGCCUACACCGGCAGCCUUGAGGUGGCACCUGAGGAGCUCGCCAGCCUCCUGGCCACUGCCCGGGACCUGGAGAUGGAAGAGCUGGAGCAGGUGUGCCUCAGGGCACUGGGGACUGGAGGCCCUGAUGGGACUGGCAUUGGCGACAGGGCUGGCGGCCAUGACUCAGUUGGCAUUGGGGACAGGACUGGUGGCUAUGAUGGGGUUGCCAUUGGUGACAAGCCUGGUGGCCAUGGUGGAGUUGGCGACAGGACUGGUGGCCAUGACGGGGUUGCCAUUGGCGACAGGACUGGUGGCCAUGACGGAGUUGCCAUUGGCGACAGGGCUGAUGGCCCUGACGAAGUGGGCAUUGGCAACAGGACUAGCGGCCAUGAUGGAGUUGGCAUUGGUGAUUGGGCUGGUGGCCAUGACAGGGUUGCCAUUGACGACAGGGCUGGUGGCCAUGAUGGAGUUGUCAUUGGUGACAGGGCUGGCAGCCAUGACGGGGUUGGUGCCCAAGAUGCGAGGAAGGAGACAGCGGAUGGGAUGUCCCAGAUGAAGUCACCAGGCAACCACGACCUAGUUUUAUUGGCCGAUGGGCCCUGCCUGGCCCUGGGUAGGCCAGACAGUAAGGGGAGCCAAAUCCAAGAUGGCAGCUUGGCACCCAGUUGGGUCCUGUUUGAACAGUCCUCCCUCAAGCCGCGGGAAAGCGUCAUCACAGCUACGGCCCGGCCACUGCCUCAGGAGCACCGCGCCCAUCCCUGGCCGCCAGAGGCGCUCUGGGGGCCAGAGGGGGUGGUUUCUGGCUACCAGCCCUGCCCACCAUUGCUCAGCUACCAGCUGCAGUCACUGCCUUCGCCCUUGGGCAACCUGGGGCCUGGGCACAUGGCCCUCUCGGCAUCGGUGGGUUUCCAUGGCUACGUCCGACCCUUCCCCUGCGGGCUGGAGAUGGGGAAGCCGGGCUCCCCCAGUGGGAUCACAGGCAGAGAGAAGCAACUGGAAGACCAGAGGCUGCUGGCGGUUCCGGCCAAGUACUCGGGGUACGACCUCUGCUCCCAGCGGGGCCCAGAUGCCCAGCACCUCCCACUGCUCUGCCACCCGCGGCCCCAGUCGCUCCCGCUCCCCCGGUUCCGGGCCCAGCGGAGCUGUGACAAGGACCUGCCGCCUCUGAGCACAGCGCCCCCUGGAGAGCCAGCCACGGCGGCGUCAACCACGCUGUACUUGAUGUACGGCCCACGGUGCCCCCCACGGGCCCUGCCGGCUGGCGCCUGGAGCUACAUCUGCCAGCUGUGCCAGCGGCGGUUCCCCAGCCAGACGGCGCUGCGCAGACACAGCCGCAGCCACAUGGGCCAGCGGCUGUUGGAGCGGGAGUUCUGUGCCCGUGGGUUCCAGGCCGAGGCCGGGCUGCGGGGGCCCCGGCGGGCAUCCCCAGGCGAGAAGCCCUACGAGUGCGGCGAGUGCAGCAAGCGCUUCACCCUCAAGCACCAGAUGGAGACGCACUAUCGGGUGCACACUGGCGAGAAGCCGUUCCAGUGCAAGCUCUGCCCCCAGCGCUCCCGCGACUACUCCGCCAUGAUCAAGCACCUGCGGACCCACGGUGGCGCCGCCCCCUAUCGCUGCACCCUAUGCCGCCAGUUCUGCCCCAGCCUGGCCGCCAUGCAGAAGCACAUGAAGGGCCAUUGCCCCGAGGAGCUGCCCUCGGACUGGACGAUCGAGACCACCUACCUCUACUCCUCCUCCACCUCCUCUUGAGCCGCCUGUGCUGGUGCAGGCACCGGGAGACUCAUGCGUGGCACAGGGAGAGCGCGGAGACCAGCGUCGGCGUGGCAGACGGAUCUGCAAUGGUGCAUGGCACAGGGAGGGCACGGGGACCAGCAAAGCAUGGCAGAUGGAUCCGCGAUGGUGCAUGGCACAGGGAGGGCGUGGGGACCAGCGUCGGCGUGGCAGACGGAUCUGCAAUGGUGCGUGGCACGGGGAGAGCGCAGAGACCAGCGUCGGCGUGGCAGAUGGAUCCGCGAUGGUGCGUGGCACAGGGACGGCGCGGGGACCAGCGUCAGCGUGGCAGAUGGAUCCGCGAUGGUGCGUGGCACGGGGAGGGCGCGGGGACCAGCGUCGGCAUAGCAGACGGAUCUGCGAUGGUGCGUGGCAUGGGGAGGGUGUGAGGUCUAGCAGCACCUGGCAUGGGGAGAGGGCACAGCUGGCCAUGGCUGGACCUGCAGAACACAGAUCCGUGGCUCGCUUUGCUGCCUGUCACACACAGCACGCCGGGAGCGCUGCCCGCUGGCUGGGAGUCAUGCGUGUGGCACGGGCACCAUGGGCAGCUAGCUACUGAGGGCAUGAACCUGCCGCAGGCCAGAGACGAGAGCCCACAUGGAGUAGAUCAGUCCCUGCUGUUCCCAGCUCACUCUGUAGGGGGGGCCGUAUGUGUGCGGCCCCAACCUCUAACA